CACCACGGGCGUCGCCCUGCCCCGCCCCUACUACAUGGCGGACGAGGACGACGAGCGCCCCUUCAUCUGCUCGCUGGCCGUGGACAACGGCAUCAUGGCGUGCUCGGACGUGCCGACGCGGCGUCAGGGCGGGCGUAACUGCUGCAUGAGCAAGGAGGAUGCCCUCUCCCGCCAGGCCCAGGGCCUGGGCGCCGAGCCGCUGCCCGGCAACGGCAGCGCGGGCGCGGCGGGGCUCUGCGUCAACUGGAACCAGUACUACACCCGCUGCCACACCGGGUACAGCAACCCUCACAAGGGAGCCAUCAACUUUGAUAACAUCGCGUACGCUUGGAUGGUCAUCUUCCAGGUGAUCACUCUGGAGGGCUGGGUGGAGAUCAUGUACUACGUCAUGGACGCCCACUCCUUCUACAACUUCAUCUAUUUCAUCCUCCUCAUCAUCAUCGGCUCCUUCUUCAUGAUCAACCUGUGCCUGGUGGUGAUCGCCACCCAGUUCUCGGAGACCAAGCAGCGGGAGCACCAGCUGAUGCAGGAGCAGCGGGCCCGCUGCCUGUCGUCGUCCACCGUGGCCAGCCUGGCCGAGCCGGGCGACUGCUACGAGGCGCUCUUCCAGCUGGCGUGCCACGUGCUGCGCAAGGCCAAGCGCCGCUCCGCUGCCCUCUACCGUGCGCUGACGGGCCGGCCACGCGGCUUCGCCGGGCCCGGGAGGGGGGGGGGGGGAGGGGCGGGAGGAGGGGAGAGGAGGAACGCGAACGGAGGAGGGAGGGAGAGGAGGGGAGAGAGGGGUCGUGCCCCCCCCUGCCCCCACCACUCCAAGCCGGACCACGCCUCCCCAAUUGCCCUCACCGUGUCCCCCCCGACCGACGUCUGUCCCCAUUGCACCGUGGCCCUGUCGAUCGGCGACGGGGCGGGGCCCGCCGGCAGCCCGGCCAAUGAGGAGGCGGGGGAGGGAGCCAUGGAGGAGACGGACAAGCGGGCGGCCAAUCGGCGGCGAGAAAGGAGGAGGCGGGAAGCGGGGGACGAGGCUAAGCCCUCUGGGGGAUGUGGCCUGCGAUGCAGGGAGUUGGGGUAUGAGGUGAAGAUGAAACUGUGGGGGAUCGUGGAGAGCAAGUACUUCAACAGAGGGAUCAUGAUCGCCAUCCUCAUCAACACCAUCAGCAUGGGCAUCGAACACCACAACCAGCCCUCCCAGAUCUACAAAAUCGUCUUGGAAUCUGUGUUUCCUCACUCCUCCUUGUUCUCUCUGUCGUCCCCCUUACCCCUUCCAGCGGAAGAGCUGACUAAUGUCCUGGAGAUCUGCAACAUUGUCUUCACCUCCAUGUUUGCCCUGGAGAUGAUUCUGAAGAUCUCUGCCUUCGGCUGCUUCAGUUACCUCAGGAACCCCUACAACGUGUUUGAUGGAGUCAUCGUCAUCAUCAGUGUGUGUGAGAUCGUGGGCCAGUCUGACGGGGGCCUGUCUGUGCUGAGAACCUUCCGGCUGCUGCGCGUGCUGAAGCUGGUCAGGUUCAUGCCUGCUCUGAGGAGGCAGCUGGUGGUGCUGAUGAAGACCAUGGACAACGUGGCCACCUUCUGCAUGCUGCUUAUGCUCUUCAUCUUCAUCUUCAGUAUCCUGGGGAUGCACAUCUUCGGUUGUAAGUUCAGUCUGAAGACCGAGGCUGGGGACAGUCCUGACAGGAAGAACUUUGACUCUCUUCUGUGGGCCAUCGUCACUGUCUUCCAGAUCCUGACCCAGGAGGACUGGAACGUGGUGUUGUAUAACGGCAUGGCAGCCACUUCCCCCCUGGCUGCUCUCUACUUUGUGGCCCUCAUGACCUUCGGGAACUACGUCCUGUUCAACCUGCUGGUGGCCAUCCUGGUGGAGGGCUUCCAGGCUGAGGGAGACGCUAACCGCUCCUACUCAGAGGACGACAGGUCUUCGUCUAACUUUGACGAAAGUGAGAAGCACAACGACUCUCUCAAGUUGUCUGACCCUAAGCUGUGCACCCUGACCCCUAACGGACACCUGGAGCUGACCCCUGUGGGGGGGUCGCGGGGGUCGUUCCCUCAGGAGAGGUUGACCUUUGCCCUGGACUCUCGGAAGAGCAGCGUGAUGAGCCUGGGGAAGAGUAGCCUGGAGAGACGCUCGCUGUCCCUGCGCCGAGGCCGCAGUUCCCUAUACCACAACUGGGGGCGCCCUACCCCCGCCCAGUCCGCUUGGACCCGCAGGUCCAGUUGGAACAGCCUGGGCCGUCCCACUCAGGGCAUCUCCGGAGGGGUGGUGGGGGGCAGCCUGCGAGUGCAUGGCAGCACCAGCCCCCACGCCCACUACCACUCCCACCCCUCUGAGCACGAGUCCCUCCUGAGCCACCGCCACCCCCACCCUCCCCCCCUCCUCGCCCGCGGCCGCCUGCCCCCCCAGAGGGCCCGGAGAGCCCUCUCCCUGGAGCUCCCGGAGGUUCUCCGUGCGUCCGGCCAGCCGCCAGCCCGCCCCGACCCCAGGGGGAGGGCUGGGUCUGGGGCAGGGGGGCCGGCGGGGCUGGGUGGAGGUGGAGACCACCAUGACUGUAACGGGAAGACGCCGGCUCAGCUCAUAGGGGAGGUGUUUCCUCAGCUCAACACCCGCAAGGGCAGGACGGAGCUGGAGGAGGAGACAGACUAUAGUCUGUGUUUCCGUGUCAGGAAGAUGAUUGAGGCGUACCGGCCUGACUGGUGUGAAACACGGGAGGACUGGUCCGUCUACCUCUUCUCUCCCCAGAACAAGUUCAGACGGAUGUGCCAGUCCAUUAUCGCCCACAAGCUGUUUGACUAUGUAGUUCUGGCGUUCAUCUUCCUCAACUGCAUCACCGUGGCUCUGGAGAGACCCAAGAUCAUGCAGGGCAGUCUGGAGAGACUCUUCCUAACCGCAUCUAACUAUAUCUUCACUGCUAUCUUCGUAGCUGAGAUGACCGUCAAGGUGGUAUCUAUGGGGCUGUAUCUAGGGGAGAAGGCCUACCUGCGCAGCAGUUGGAACAUCCUGGACGGCUUCUUGGUUUUCGUCCUCAUCGACAUCGUGGUGUCCAUGGCGGGCGGGGCCAAGAUCCUGGGGGUGCUCCGAGUGCUCCGCCUGCUCCGCACGCUGCGCCCCCUCAGGGUGAUCAGCAGAGCCCCGGGGCUGAAGCUGGUGGUGGAGACCCUCAUCACGUCCCUCAAGCCCAUCGGGAACAUCGUCCUCAUCUGCUGCGCCUUCUUCAUCAUCUUCGGCAUCCUCGGGGUUCAGCUCUUCAAAGGGAAGUUCUACUACUGUGUAGGCCUGGACAUCAAGAACAUUACUAACAAGUCUGACUGUCUGUCCGCCAGCUACAGAUGGGUUCACCACAAAUAUAACUUUGACAACCUGGGACAGGCUCUGAUGUCUCUGUUUGUGCUGGCAUCCAAGGAUGGUUGGGUCAAUAUCAUGUACCACGGUCUGGACGCUGUGGGCAUAGACCAGCAGCCGGUGAUCAACAACAGCCCCUGGAUGCUGCUCUACUUCAUCUCCUUCCUGCUGAUCGUGAGCUUCUUCGUGCUGAACAUGUUCGUGGGCGUGGUGGUGGAGAACUUCCACAAGUGCCGUCAGAACCAGGAGGUGGAGGAGGCCAAGAGGAGGGAGGAGAAGAGACAGAGGCGCAUGGAGAAGAAGAGGAGGAAGGCCCAGAAGCUGCCUUACUUCUCUAAUUACCACCACGUGCGCCUGAUGAUCCACACCCUGUGCACCAGCCACUACCUGGACCUCUUCAUCACCUUCAUCAUCUGCAUCAACGUCAUCACCAUGUCCCUGGAGCACUACAGCCAGCCGCAGUCUCUGGAGACAGCUCUGAAGUACUGUAACUACUUCUUCACCUCCACCUUCGUGGUCGAGGCCGUGCUCAAGCUCAUCGCCUUCGGCUUCCGACGCUUCUUCAAGGACAGGUGGAACCAGCUGGACCUGGCCAUCGUGCUGCUGUCGGUGAUGGGCAUCAUCCUGGAGGAGAUCGAGAUCAACGCCUCCCUGCCCAUCAACCCCACCAUCAUCAGGAUCAUGAGGGUGCUGAGGAUCGCACGAGUGCUCAAGCUGCUGAAGAUGGCUACAGGGAUGAGAGCGCUGCUGGACACGGUGGUGCAAGCUCUACCUCAGGUGUGUAUUCACUUACACACACACACAAAACGGGACAAUACAGAGAAAGCGAGAGGUUUGCAACACAGUGCAGCUCAGACACAACAUCAAAUGAAUUGUGUGUGUGUGUUCCAGGAGAACCAGUGGCUGGACAGUGUGUCUCUGCUGAUAAAGGACUCGUUGGAGGGGGAGAUGCAGAUGAUUGACAACCUGUCCGGCUCCGUGUUCCAUCAUUACUCCUCCCCCUCCGUCUGCAGGGGCUGCAGGAGCCACCCGCAGGAGAUCCGAUUGGCCGAGGUGGAGCAGGCAUCUCUGAUGUCAGAGCAGCUGUCUGACAAGUCGUCAUCGCUUGCGCUGCCUGAUGACAUCAGCCUGGACGAGCACAGCAUCUACCAGCUGCUGGUCAGAGACAGCCAAAGAGGCAGCAGUGACUCCCACAGCUCUGAGGAGCUCCAGGGGGUCUCUGGAGUGUGUGGAGGUCCUGGAGGGUACAGGGGGCUGUCUGGGUCCCUGGGCCCAGGAUCAGUCACCUCAGACGGGGGAGAGAGACUACUAGAGGUGGGGGUCCACCCUCACAGGCCCCAGGUUCAGCUCCUACAGCAACACACACCAUCAUCCUCUCCGCCGCACCACGCAGAUCCAAACAGCAGUGCCAGUGGUGACAUCACGUCCUCCCCCCCAGACCCUCUCUUCCAGCUCCCCUUCUUCCACCCGGCUGGCGUGGCUCCCCCUGCCGGCCCUAGCCUCAGCCCUGGACCCGGCCCCAGCCCCAGCAACAGCCCCAGCACUGGACCCAGCCCCCGCCCCAGCCCCCGCCCCAGCCCCAGCCCCCGCCCCAGCCCCGGCCCCAGUCCCAGGGGGGUCCCAGAGGGGCGGGGGCCGUCCAGGCUGGCCUCCCCAGCAUCCUGGGCCUCCCUCCGGUCCCCAGGGGCCCACAGGAGGGGGCUGUGCUUGCAGCACCCCUCCCACAGUGACUCGUCCCUGGCCACAGGCAGCUCAGAGGGCAGCCUCCAGACCACCCUGGAGGAGGGCCUCAGCUUCAGCGUGUCCCCCCCCAGAGACCUGGGCCUCCCCCUGCCUCUGCUCUGCCCCAUGCCCCUCCCCAGCCAACCCCAGGGGGGUUCCGCACUGCCCCAGGGCCGCGCGGGGGCCCACCCCUCUCUGAAGGGCCGCAGCAACACCGCGUUCAACCUCCAGGCCACCAGGGGGCUCCAGAGGAGCUUGGGGAGCUGCGGGGGCAGCACCAGUCCCGGGUGCCCCCGGCAGGAUUCCAUGGACCCGUCGGACGAGGACGUGGGGGUCGGCGCGGGUGGCGAGGGGGAGGGGCCCGGCCAGGCGUUCAACAGCGAACAUUCGUCGGAGACUCUGAGCAGCUUGUCGCUUACGUCGCUGCUCGUGCCCGGCUCUCUGGCUCCCCCUCUGGCGAAGAAGUGUAACAGUGACGGGUCGCUGGACCAAGGGGGCAUGGCGGUGAGGAGCAAAGACGACCGAGGGUAUUAUGGGAUAGACUCUCACGGAUACCUCUCGAACCCCUGGUCGGAGGGGGAGAAGGGGGCGUAA